UAGCGCCGCGAUGGGCAGCGGGGUCCGCGCGCCCCGCCGAGCGCCCCGGGUCCCUGCGCGCGCGGCGCUGCUGCAGGGCGCGGGCCGGGCGGCGCCCUCGCGGGGCCGGAGCUAAGCCCGCGUCCCGUCCCCGGCCCCGGCCCCGGCCCAUGGGGGGCCGCAGGUAGAGCCGCGUGCUCGGCCGGGCCGCAGCCGCGAUGGCCGCGCGCCGCCUGCUGCUGCUAGGGUUCCUUUGCACCUCCUGGGCUCAGCCGGCACAGAAGGUAGCAGGCCUCGUUGGUACAUACCGCCACGUGGACCGUGUCACCAGCCAGGAGCUGACAUGCGACAAAUGCCCAGCAGGGACCUAUGUCUCGGAGCACUGUACCAACACAAGCCUGCGUGUGUGCAGCAGCUGCCCGGCGGGAACCUUCACCAGGCAUGAAAACGGCAUUGAGAAAUGCCAUGACUGUAGCCAGCCGUGCCCAGGGCUGAUGGUCGAGAAACUGCCAUGCUCUGCCUUGACCGACCGGGAGUGCACCUGCCCACCUGGCAUGUUCCAAUUCAAUGCCACCUGCGCCCCCCACACCGUGUGUCCUGUGGGGUGGGGGGUGCGGAAGAAAGGGACGGAGAACGAGGACGUCCGGUGCAAGCAGUGUGCGCGGGGCACCUUCUCCGAUGUGCCUUCCAGUGUGCUGAAGUGCAAGGCGUACACAGACUGCCUGAGCCACAACCUGGUGGUGGUUACACCAGGGACCAGGGAGACGGACAAUGUCUGUGGCCCCCACCCGUCUCCCUCUAGCACCACCCUGGCCUCCCCUGACACCACCAUCUCUUCACUCUUCAAUCCCAUGGAAUCCCAGGAGGUCCCUUUCUCCACCUAUGUCCCUGAAGGCAUGAACUCAACAGAACCCAACUCUUCUGCCUCUGUUAGACCAAAGGUACCGAGUGGCAUCCAGGAAGGGACAGUCCCUGACAACACGAGCUCGGCAGGAGGGGACCAAGGUGUGAACAAGACCCUCCCGAGCCUCCGCGUGGUCAGCCGGCAGCAGGACGCCCCCCACAGACACAUCCUGAAGCUGCUGCCGUCCAUGGAGGCCACGGGCAGCGAGAGGUCCAGCACUCCCGCCAAGGGCGCCAAGCGGGGCCACCCGAGGCAGAGCCCGCACAAGCACUUCGACAUCAACGAGCACCUGCCCUGGAUGAUCGUGCUCUUCCUGCUGCUGGUGUUGGUGGUCAUCGUGGUGUGCAGCGUCCGGAAGAGCUCCCGGACGCUGAAAAAGGGGCCCCGGCAGGACCCCAGCACCAUUGUGGAGAAGGCGGGGCUGAAGAAGUCCCUGGCCCCGGCCCCGAAUAGAGAGAAGUGGAUCUACUACUGCAACGGCCACGGGAUCGACAUCCUGAAGCUGGUGGCAGCCCAGGUAGGGAGCCAGUGGAAGGACAUCUACCAGUUCCUGUGCAAUGCCAGCGAGAGGGAGGUGGCCGCCUUCUCCAACGGGUAUACAGCCGACCACGAGCGGGCCUACGCCGCGCUGCAGCACUGGACGGUGCGUGGCCCCGAGGCCAGCCUGGCCCAGCUCAUCAGCGCCCUGCGGCAGCACCGGCGCAAUGAUGUGGUGGAGAAAAUCCGGGGGCUCAUGGAGGACACCACUCAGGGCUCUGCAACCACCUGUGCAGGAGGGAGGGCCACUGCGCGAGACAGAGCACUGAGGGCUGGUGCUGACCCUGCACAGCUGGAAACAGACAAACUGGCCCUCCCAAUGGGUCCCAGCCCAGCGAGCCCCAACCCCGGUCCCAGUGGGAAACUGGAAAAUGCCACACUCCUCACAGUGGAGCCAUCGCCUCUGGACAAAAACAAGGGCUUCUUCGUGGACGAGUCCGAGCCCCUGCUCCGCUGUGACUCCACGUCCAGCGGGUCCUCAGCACUGAGCAGGACAGGCUCCUUCAUUACCAAAGAGAAGAAGGACACGGUGCUGCGGCAGGUGCGCCUGGACCCCUGCGACCUGCAGCCCAUCUUUGACGACAUGCUGCACAUCCUGAACCCCGAGGAGCUGCGGGUGAUUGAAGAGAUCCCCCAGGCCGAGGACAAGCUGGACCGGCUGUUUGAGAUCAUCGGGGUCAAGAGCCAAGAAGCCAGCCAGACUCUCCUGGAUUCUGUGUACAGCCACCUUCCCGAUCUGUUGUAGAACAUGCCGGCACUGCGCUCUGCAAACUGACCCGGUGGCAGGGUGGUUUCGUUUGGUUUCGUUUGGUUUCUUGCUUCUGGUUUUGGUGUAUGUGUGUGUUUAACAGUCUAUGGCCAGUGUAUGAGUUCUUUCUUUUCUCAUCUGUCUUCUUCUUCUUCUCCCCCUUCUCCUCCUUCUUCUUCUUUUUAAAAAUCCUCUGGGAAGUUAGUUUAUAACCCUUUGCAAAGUAUAACUGUUGCAAAAUACACACCAGUAAAUUUUUAUGAGUUCCAGUUUCUCUCUGUUUUUGCCUUCUUAUGUAUUUUCCAAAUUGUUCUGUGCACUUUAAAUUCAUGUAACUGACCGUAAAUGCAGUGUGACUUUUCCAACACACUGGAUUGUGACACUCUUCUUCAAGUGUAAUAGCAUCUUGUGGAUUCGAUCAGCAGUCUUGAUGUCUUUCACCAUCCAUGUCUACAUUUUAAAAAAAACAUUAUUGGCUAUUUUUAUUAUUGUUUGUCCUUUACAGAUGUUUUUAGGGAUUAAGGAGAUCUGAGAUCUUGUUGAGUUACUGUAACACAAUCAGACCUUGAAUUAUCUUCUCAAUAUUCCACGGCACACACUUCACAUUCAUGGCUGAAACCUGACCACAUGAUUGCAGACCGAAUGGUUUUUGCCUGGACACUGUGUUGAAUGCCUGAAUCCUCGUGCUCCUCUUCACGCUAAUACGCUCUGGGCUGGAGAAAUGAUAUCCUCAAGCCAUCAGGACUUGCUAUUUUAGUGGCUUGAUAUCCGGGCCACCAAAGAAUUUGAACUUCAUCUUUAGAGACCAAGUUGUUCUGGAACACAUUGCUGCACUUUGGAAAGUCCAACUCGAAUGCCAGGGGCAUGUUUUCCAUAGCAUUUGCCCAGCUUUGCUUUCAAAGAUGUCUUGUUUUUUAUACAAACAUAGUCAAUAGGUCCAGUCUGCCCUCCGGCCUUGGUCUUGUUGGGUCUUCUCCAUCAAUCACUAUAAUUAAAAAUGGCUGCAGCUGUAAGAACUCUUGUCUGAUAUAUUUGCAACUAUGCGCCCUUACACACCCACCCUCUAAUCCUCAGUGGCCAGGUUCUAAAACAAAGGUGGUGUGACCUCCCUUUGUGCCAGCGGGGUUUGAGGGUAGUGGUGAGAGACUGAUAUCAGAAAAAUGCCUUCAAGUGUAUUAAUUUAUUAAUAAAUACUAGGUGUUUGUUAA